AUGAAAAACCAAGAUAUCGUUGGUGAGGCACUGGCUUCAGUCCUGCCUCAAUAUGAUCGUCCUUGGUUCAGAGUACCGCACCUCUUAGAACUCAAUCUCAUUCUCAUCAUUCCCUUGCUGUCGUCAGCUGUGGCUGGAUAUGAUGGAUCCCUCAUGAAUGGCCUCCAAUCUAUUUCCGAAUGGAAGCAGUAUUUCGGUAACCCAUCGGGCUCAAUACUCGGUGUCGUCAAUGCAGCGCAGUCUAUUGGAAGUGUGAUCUCGUUGCCCUUUGUUGGAAUCUUGUCCGAUCGUAUUGGAAGACGCUUGACGCUGUUGUCGGGUGCCAUCGUGAUUGUCUUUGCGUCAAUUAUUCAGGCUGCAUCGGUGCAGUAUGGAAUGUUUGUAUUCUCUCGUGUCUUGGUUGGCAUUGGCUCCAUGCUAGUCGUGCAGCCCUCUCCGAUGCUCAUUACAGAGCUAGCAUACCCGACUCAUCGAGGCAAGUAUACCAGUGCUUUCUGGACUAUGUACUAUCUUGGUGCCAUAUUAGCUUCGUGGACAGCUUAUGGUACCCAAAAGCAUAUGGCAUCUUCAGACUGGAGCUGGAGGGUCCCCUCGAUCAUUCAAGCUGGAUUUCCCAUUGUUCAAAUCUUGCUCUGGUGGUUGGUCCCAGAGUCGCCUCGCUGGCUAAUUGCAAAUGGAAAGAGAGAAGAGGCCGAGGGACUACUUGCUCGUUUUCAUACAGCCGGAGAUAUAACGCAUCCUUUGAUCCAAUUCGAGAUGGCUGAGAUCGUCCGUACCAUUGAAAUGGAAAGCCAGGCCGCGGAGACCAAAUGGUCGUCUCUAGUCAAGACUCCAGGUAAUCGAAAGCGCACUUUCAUUGCAGUUUGCGUGGGUGCCUUUGCGCAAUGGAACGGCGUUGCGGUUGUAUCUUACUACCUCACCCUCGUCCUCGACACUGUCGGAAUCAAAGACUCAGAUACUCAGACUCUCAUCAACGGCCUAUUGCAAAUAUUCAACUUCAUUGCAGCGGGAAGUGGUGCCCUUCUUGUCGAUCGACUUGGUCGUCGGACAUUGUUCUUAUGGUCGGCAGCAGGCAUGCUCCUUUCGUUCGUGAUCUGGACUGCAUGCUCUGCCGUGUUUGAUAGUACACAAGCCAACGCGCUAGGCUCGACGGUGAUCGCAUUUGUGUUCAUCUUUUACUUUCACUAUGACAUCGCUUAUACACCACUUCUCCUCGGUUAUCCGACCGAGAUCUUCCCCUUCUCCAUUCGCAGCAAAGGGCUGACUGUGGAAUUGCUGAGCGUCUAUAGUUCACUUAUUGUAUUAGCAUUUGUGAACCCGAUCGCACUUGAUAAUAUCGGGUGGCAUUACUACAUCUUCUUCUGCUGCUUUGAUGUUGUGGUGCUGGUUGUAACUUGGUUUGCAUUCCCGGAGACCAAGGGAUACUCCCUUGAAGAGAUCGCCGAGGUGUUUGAUGGUCCCUCGCCUGUGACCAGUGGAGCUAUAUUUGAUAAAGCAGUGAACUUUGAUGGGAAAGGAGAGCAUAUUGAGCAUGCUGCCUAG